CGAAAUGACACCAGUUUGCCAGAGUCUCACUUUGCUCUGCGCUUAGGGGGGUUUGACAGACAGCUCGCUUCCUGAAACCCUCAGUGGGGCUGCAGAGAGGGAGGCAGGCAUGAGCGGUCAGAGCGGGCAGAGGAAGACCCAGGGCUGGCCCCGAGGACAGGUCAUUUUAAACUCUGCGAAUUAACUUCUCAAAAAGACUGGCAGGACACAUGCAGUGCACUGGAGCGCUUAUUUUAGAACCACCCUGAAACUGGACCCCCAUAAAUAUGCAAAGAAACACCACCCUGCUAGCCAUCCCUCAGGCUUCCUCGGGCCUCCUGGCCAAGUACUGCAACAAGUCAUUCUUCGAGGAGAGCCAAAAGGAGAGCCAAGUGCUCCUGGUGGUGGUGUACAGCACGGUGUGUGCAGUGGGUCUCCCAGCCAACUGCCUGACGGCGUGGCUGACGCUACUGCAGGCCCUGCAGGGCAACGUGCUGGCCGUCUACCUGUUCUGCCUGGCGCUCUGCGAGCUGCUCUACCUCAGCACUCUGCCACUCUGGGUCAUCUACAUCCAGAACCAGCACCGCUGGACGCUAGGCCUGCAGGCCUGCAAGGUGACUGCCUACGUCUUCUUCUGUAACAUAUAUAUCAGUGUCCUCUUCCUGUGCUGCGUCUCCUGUGACCGCUUCAUGGCGGUGGUGUACGCGCUGGAGAGCCGAGGCCACCGCCACCAGAAGACUGCCAUAUUCAUCUCGGCAUCUGUCUUCAUCCUCGUGGGGCUUGUCCACUACCCAGUGUUUGAGAUGGAGCAGCAGCAGGGCACCUGCUUCGAGGCACUGCCAACGGACGGCAGGAUUGCCCGGUACCACUACUUGAGAUUUGCUGCUGGGUUUGCCAUACCUCUCUCCAUCAUCGCCUUCACCAACCACCGAAUCAUAAGGAGCAUCAGGCUGAGCGUGGGCUUGAAUGCCACCCAAAAGGCCAAGGUGAAGUACUCUGUGGCUGCCAUUGUCCUCAUCUUCCUGGUCUGCUUUGCUCCCUAUCACCUGGUGCUCCUCAUCAAAGCCAUCGCCUUCUCCUACUAUGGAGGGGACACAGACACCCUAUGUGCCUUCGAAGCCAGCCUGUACAAGGUGUCCACGGUGUUCCUGUGCUUGUCCACAGCCAACAGCGUGGCUGACCCAAUCAUCUACGUGCUGGCUACCGACCAUUCCAGGCAAGAAGUGUCCCGAAUCCACAAGGAAUGGAAAGUGUGGGCCACAAAGACGGACCUCAGCAAGCUCAUGUACUCCAAGGACUUGGAGGAGGCCAAGUCUCCCCCUGUGCUCGUGUGCUGCUGUGAGUACCCCAGGUCUGUUCAUCCACCAGGGCCCCCACGCUCCCUAGAGCGGCUGAGCGAGGAAUCCUGCUAAGCCCUGUGUACCUGCAGAGAGGAUGGCGGGAGCCGGAGUUGGGGGAACAGCAGCGGGGGCUCCCCUUCCACCGAGUUCACCAGCACAGCAUCUGUGGCUCUGGCCUCGGAGAUCUUUCUAGAAAGCCUGCCACUGUUUUCUCAUUCCAGAGCCAUUCCCUCCAUAAGCCUCCGCCCCUCAGGGCUCCCAUACCCCAGGCUGUCCACGGGCACAGAUGCCCACAGGGAAGAGGUUUUGUGCCAAGGGCAACGGUGGUGCUUCCAGGACGCCAGGGAGCUGGUGAGAGCGUGGGAGGCAGCAGGGCCUCUCCUCACAGUCUUCAGACUGGUGAGCCCACGCCCAGUGAUUAGUGAGCAACGGGGGCUUUGGCAGGGGCCCUAGGUCUGCCUGGCACUGUGGGCAGAUGGCAGCAUCCCCACAUGGGGCAGGUGCCAGGCCAGCCUCCAGUGAUAACUUCAUUUUCUGUGCUUUUGUGCAAGCGUUGUGUGAGAGAUUGGGCCUUUGCCUUGGAAUGUCAGAGCAAACGGUGCUGGGAGUGACCUGCACCAUCGCAGAGCCCGGUCACAGUAGGACUGCCCAGGACCCAGCAGAUGCCAGGAGCCCACCGCCGGGGCCCUCGGUGCUGAGCAAGGCUGAUGCCUCAGGCUGCUGUGGGACCCUUCGAGGGAGCCGUGUGCCCACCCGUAGGGAAUCCCAGACAGUCAUGUUGGAAACGUUGUCCACUGGAAAUGUGUGGAGGGGUCUGACCGGGUGGCUUGGAAUCCCUUCAAUUUGGGACAUCCCAGCUUCACUGUUGGCGAGAAGCCAGCCAAAGGCUCUGAACUGAGCAAAUCAGGAGCAAGCAGUGACCCUCGCCCCCUGCCUGUCCCGUCCUCCCCACAAACCUCUGACUCGUGUGGAAUCAGGUCUGCCCCCAGAAACAGCCCGGAGCCAGAUCCCAGCUCGGAAUGAGGCUGGGCUAGGCCAGGACACAUGGCUGCCUUGUCUUCCUCAUCUGUAAGAUGGGACCUACCUCACUGCAUCAUAUCCUGGCUGACCCUCCUCCCCACCUGCUACCACUGCCCCGGAUGCUUCACAAACACACACAUGGCUGGCCGGCUGCCCACUGUGGAUGGAAGAGGGGGCCAGCUACCAUCCUAGCACAUUUCAAGUAUCUGUUCCAGCCAGAAGCAGGCAGGGCUGUUGUGUUCUUCCUGUGAGGCAGCAUCACUCUGCAUUGUCAACGAAGUCCAGAAAAUACACGUUAGAAAUAAAGACACAAAUGCAUGUCAGCGCCAGCUCCCUUUUAAUGUGAAACAAUGUGGUUUUACCUUUCCAAGUAAAGGUUUCCUCUAUGGCUCUCUGGGGGCCGAGCCCUGAGAGGGGUGCCCGAGGCUGCCACAGGAGGGGAUGGACUGGGUCCUGGGGGUGGUGUGGAAUGUCCACGCAGCCAGGCUGGGGUGGGAGCAAAAUGUCAGACAGGUCAUUCAGUAUUCCAACCGAGUGUGACUUCCCUGUGGCUGCCGUGACAAAGUACCACAAACUGGAGCCUUAAGACAGCACAGUUUAUUCUCUCACAGUUCUGGAGGCGAGAAGCCCAAAAUCAAGGUGUCAGCAGGGUUGGUUCCUGCCGAAGCUCUGAGGGACAGCCUGUUCCAGGCCUCUCUCCCAGCUUCCGGUGGCUGCCGGCAUUCCUUGGCUGGUGGCCACAUCACCUGGAUCUCUGCCUCCGUCGUCAUGUGGCCGUCUGCUUUGGGUGUCUGACUCUUUGUCCUCUCUUCUUCUUCCAAGAAUGCUUGUCACUGGGUUUAGAGCCCACCCUACAACCCAAAUGACUUCAUCUCUAGAUAUUUAUCUUGGUUCAGAGCCCACCCUACAACCCGAAAGACUUCAUCUCCAGAUCUUGACCUCGAUCACACCUGCAGUGGCCUCAUUUCCAAAAAGGUCCCAUUCUCAAGUUCCAGGGGUUAGGACACAGAUGUAUCUUUCUGGGACCCACCGUUCAGUCCAUUAUAAAUAGCAGGGAUGAAUCAAAGCUGUGUCCCCCACACAGAGUGAAGAGGGAGUGGAGUCCAGGAAAGCUCAGCCCUCCUGGACAAACAGUCCCCAGACUGACCCCCAGCCCAGGCUCGUUCCACACCUGCCUGCUGUCCACUCAGCCCUGCCCAAGACAGCACUUCUGCCGGCAAACGAGGCCGAGGAGGUCCUGCUGCAGGCCCAGGCCCAGGUGCGGGUGCCCAGAAGACAAGUCUCUGCGGCAGCGUCAGGCACCACUGUGUCCCAGCCUCCUUGAUUCUUGCUGUUGUUAGUUGCCGUCGAGUAGAUUCUACCUCACUGUGACCCCACGUGUGCAGAGUAGAACUGCUCCAUAGGGUUUUCAAGGCUGCGGCCUUUUGGAAGCAGAUUGCCAGGCCUUCCUUCUGAGUUGCCUCCGGGUGACUUUGAACCACCAACCUUUCAGCUAGUAGUGCUUAACCCUUUGCGUCACCCAGGGGAGCCUGUUCUGUGGGCUGCUAAAAUCUGCUUUUUCUCAGUACCUGUGCUUGGCAGCCCCGUGGCACUUCCCUGGCAGUUUUUGGAAAAGUUCAAGCCCGGGACCCACUGUUUGUGAGCCCAUGGGCCUUCCUCUAGUGAACCCCUGCCCCCCAGAAUCUGCAGUUAGUGCUAGGAACCUUUUCGUCUAUGCGUCACCUGACCUGGGGUUUGGCAUUUUGUCCUCCAGUUUCAGUGGCGGAAAUGAAGCUGGCACAUUGGUCUCCUAGGGCCGCUAUAGCAAAACACCCCAAGCUGGGAGGCUUAUAAGAACAGAAAUGUAUUCUCUCACGGUUCUGGAGGCUGGGAGUCUGAAUCCAGGGUGCUGUAGGGCCAUACUCUCUCUGUCUGCUCCAGUCCUUGUGUCUUCCAGCCCCUGUGGCCUCGGCUCCUUGACUUGCAGCUACGGGGUAACUCCAUCCUCCAUGGAUGUCCUUCUGUCUGUGUCUGUCUGUGUCUCUUCUUCUCUGUUAUAAGGACAUAAGGAUGAGAUGAAAGCCCACACCACUCAUGUUCACUGAUAACAUCCUCAAAGACCCUAUUUCUAAACAGCCCACUUCACAGUUCCCAGGACUAGAACUUGAACAUACACUUUUGGAGGACAUGAUUCCACAACAGACGGAGCUCCUAUUAAGGGCUAGGGUGCCUUUGAGCAGACAGAGGGGCAAUGUGAGGGGCGUCCCUGUUUCCCCGCAGGAGGGGGGGUCCUUGCUUGCCCACUGGAGGGGGGAUCCCUGUUUCUGCACUGGAGGGAGCCCCGUUUCCCCACUGGGGCCAUGUGAGGGGUGUCCCUGUUGCCCCACAGGAGGGGGGGUCCUUACUUCCCCACUGGAGGGGGGAUCCCUGUUUCUGCACUGGAGGGGGCCCCAUUUCCCCACUGAGUGAGUUAUCUAGGGCUGCCAUAACAAAGACCCCAAACUGGUGUCUUAAAACAGGAAUUUAUUCUCCCACAGUUCUGGAAGCCCAAAGUCCAAAACCAAUGUGUUCACAGAGCGGUUCUUCCUCUAAAGACUCUAGGGAAGAGCUCAUCCUUUCCUCUUCCAGCUUCUGGUGUCCUCACUUGUCCCCGCCCAGGCCACAUUCCUCCCUGUGGUCCCUCCACUGCUUGCAGGGGUGCUUACAGGGUGGGUCCGGGCCGCCUGGCCUCAGCUCGGCCCCUUGGGCUUGGCUUGGGCCUGCCCCACUGCCCUCACUGCCAGGCCAGGCUGUCGCCCACCCACCUCUCUCUAGCCAGCAGCAAAAGUGGCCCCAGAGGUCUCCUGGGCUUGAGGGGGGGAGUCAGGAACAAGGGUGAGCCCAGUGUCCUGGGCAGGGUGUCAGACCAGCAGCCCCUUCUCAAGGCUGCUUGGGCCUGGCUGGGUUCACUGUCCCCCAGCCCCUCCAGUGGCUGUAGUCACCCCUUUCUGCUCGUUUCUGGAAGCUGGGGGCCUGUCUCCAGGGUGACAAGGCUGGCCCUGGUCUUGCUGGACAUCACAAGUGCCUGUCCCCAAGUCCCCCCACUGGCCGGUCCUGGGGGUCAGGCAGCCCUCCUGGACAGGGCCCAAACCUCCAGCAGGUCUGUCCACCCUGGGGCCUGAGAAGCAGCCCAUGACAACACAAGCCCAGAGCCAGGGCCUCCCAUCCCGCAGCCACCACGCUGCGUGUGCGCCCUCCCACCAGUGUUUUAGAGGAGGAAAGGCCAGCUCUGUGCCAGGGGCUCCGUGGACGCCAGUCAUGCAAUUUUAAUUCCAUCACCUGCGCAGGCAGGUGGUGUAGUGUUUAAGUGUUGUGGCUGCUAACCAAAGGGUCGGCGGUUCGAAUCCGACAGGCGCUCCUUGGAAACUCUCUGCACUAAUUCUACUCUGUCUUGUAGGGUCGCUAUGAGUCGGAAUCCACUCCAUGGCAGUGGGUUUGGUUUGGUCUUUUUUGUGUGUGUGUGCAGCCAGGUGGAGAGUGGCUGGACGGGGCCAGGUAAGGCGGGGCCGGGCGCGGGGGGCCAGGUGGUGCAGGUGAGGUCAGGGCUGGACAAAGCCGAGACUAGGUGGAGCCAGCGCCUCUCCCUGCCUCAGUUUGCUCAUCUGUAGGUUGGGAAUGACAACGUACCUGCCCCAUAAGGUUGUUGCGCGGUUGAGAAAAUGUAGCCCCCCACUCAUCACCGUUCCUGACGCGGAGUGAGUGUCCCGUAGUGGAGUUAGGUAGUAGUCUCCUGUCCACACCUGCGCGUCCCCCAGCCUCAGCCAGGCUGGAGCCCCCAGUCGGUGAACGUCUCGGGGCCCUUGUUAAGAGUCCGCUGUUCCCAGCGCCGCCC